AAACAUGGAGAGAAUAAGAUAUUUGUGUAUUUGAAACACCUCCAAACACAACUGUACAUGUAUUGCAAUGCGUAAAGAAAAUAACAUGACACAAUGUUUGUUUAUGUGAUGAUAAAUAAGAAUGCAUGUUCCCAUUCUCAUUUGCAUUGACAACUAGCUAUAAUGACAACAACUACAAUAUUAACCACCACUAUCUUCAGUCUUCUCAUGGUGUUUAAUACAUGUAUAACUGCAAGCGAAUGUCCUCCAACUCACAAACAUAAAUCAUCUGACAUAGAAGUAUUAAGGAAGAGGUUUCAAGGUUGGCUUAAACGACACGGUCGAAAAUACAAAGAUAAUGAAGAAUGGGAAGUCCGUUUUGGCGUUUACCAAGCAAAUGUUGAGUACAUAAAGUGCAUAAACUUACAAAAAAACUCCUACAAUCUCACAGACAAUAAAUUUGCAGAUCUUACAAAUGAAGAGUUUAGAAGUACUUAUAUGGGCUUAAGUACUAGGUUGCAUUCACAUACAGGGUUCAGGUAUGAUGAACAUGGGGAUAUUCCAGACAGCAAGGAUUGGAGGAAGGAGGGAGCAGUCACUGAAGUUAAGGAUCAAGGCCAAUGUGGAAGUUGUUGGGCAUUUUCUGCAGUUGCAGCUGUAGAAGGCAUCCACAAAAUAAAAACAGGGGAGUUGGUGUCUCUGUCUGAACAAGAACUGGUAGAUUGUGAUGUUAAAAAUGGUAACCAAGGCUGCGAAGGUGGUUUAAUGGAAACAGCAUUUACAUUCAUCGUAAAAAAUGGUGGACUAACCACUGAGAAAGAGUAUCCUUAUGAAGGUGUAGAUGGUACCUGUAACAAGGAAAAAGCUGCACAUCAUGCUGUGAGUAUAAGCGGAUAUGAAGAAGUGCCUGCUGAAAACGAGGCUAAGCUUAAAGCUGCAGCUUCUCAUCAACCUGUCUCUGUUGCAAUUGAUGCAGGAGGUUAUUCGUUUCAGCUUUAUUCGGAAGGUGUUUUCUCUGGCAUUUGUGGAAAGCAACUCAAUCAUGCUGUGACUGUGGUUGGGUAUGGAGAAGUAAAUAGUGACAAGUACUGGAUUGUGAAGAAUUCAUGGGGUACUGAGUGGGGCGAAUCUGGCUAUAUGAAGAUUAAGCGUGAUACAUUCGAUAAAGAUGGCUUGUGUGGCAUUGCCAAGCUAGCUAGCUACCCUGUGGCGUAGUUUAGCUGAAUAACCUGCAAUCAUUGAAUAUCACCUCAACAAAUUUACUUAUACUUCAAAGUUAGACUAUAAAAGGGAAACAUUUAGUUAAUGUCAUAAUGAUUUAUCAGAAAGAAAGAAAGAAAGAAAAAGUCCAUCAUGCAGAAAAUCACGAUGAACUCAUUCCAGCUGCUUCCAUUAGAAGUAAAAGACAAGAGUGGUGCUCUUUGUAAAUUAUGAUAUAACUCUAAUGAUAGGGGAGAUAAAAAAGGUUGAGUAAUUUGAUUCUAUAUGACAAACUAGCUUUCUUAGAAGUAAUAAGUAGUAGUAAAACCAAAGCAAUGACUGAUUUGGCUUCAA